AUGUAUACAUGUCCUGUGUCUGCAAGGGUUUCGGGGGAGCUGCAGGAGUCUCAGGGGAGCUGCGAGGGUCUCAGGGGAGCUGCAAGGCUCUCAAGAGGCUGCAAGGGUCUCGGGGGGGGGGCCUGCAAGGGUCUCAGGGGAGCUGCAAGGGUCUCAGGGGAGCUGCAAGGGUCUCAGGGGGGCUGCAAGGGUCUCAGGGGAGCUGCAAGGGUCUCAGGGGAGCUGCAAGGGUCUCAGGGGGGGCUGCAAGGGUCUCAGGGGAGCUGCAAGGGUCUCAGGGGGGCUGCAAGGGUCUCAGGGGAGCUGCAAGGGUCUCAGGGGAGCUGCAAGGGUCUCAGGGGAGCUGCAAGGGUCUCAGGGGAGCUGCAAGGGUCUCAGGGGGGGCUGCAAGGGUCUCAGGGGAGUUGCAAGGGUCUCAGGGGAGCUACAAGGGUCUCAGGGGAGCUGCAAGGGUCUCAGGGGAACUGCAAGGGUCUCAGGGGAGCUGCAAGGGUCUCAGGGAGCUGCAAGGGUCUCAGGGGAGCUGCAAUGGUCUCAGGGGGCUGCAAGGGUCUCAGGGAGCUGCAAAAGGUCUCAGGGGGGCUGCAAGGGUCUCAGGGGGAGCUGCAAGGGUCUCAGGGGGGCUGCAAGGGUCUCAGGGGGGCUGCAAGGGUCUCAGGGGGAGCUGCAAGGGUCUCAGGGGGGCUGCAAGGGUCUCAGGGGAGCUGCAAGGGUCUCAGGGGGGGCUGCAAGGGUCUCAGGGGAGCUGCAAGGGUCUCAAGGGGGGCUACAAGGGUCUCGAGGGGGCUGCAAGGGUCUCGAGGGGAGCUGCAAGGGUCUCAGGGGAGCUGCAAGGGGUCUCAGGGGGAGCUGCAAGGGUCUCAGGGGGGCUGCAAGGGUCUCAGGGGGGCUGCAAGGGUCUCAGGGGAGCUGCAAGGGUCUCAAGGGGGCUGCAAGGGUCUCGAGGGGGGGCUGCAAGGGUCUCGAGGGGAGCUGCAAGGGUCUCAGGGGAGCUGCAAGGGUCUCAGGAAGCCUGCAAGGGUCUCAGGGGAGCUGCAGGGGUCUCAGAAGGGGUUGCAAAGGUCUCAGGAAGGCUGCAAGGGUCUCGGGGGACGAGCUACACCAGGUGUUAAACAGGAACAUGUGACGAGUAAACAGGUGCACAAGUAG